GUUUAAAAUUUAAAUGUUGAGAAUAUCAGAACUGUUUUACAGUACUCACUUUUUCAUAAACACAUUCUCCAAACAAAGCCUUAGAUCUGAGAAUUCACUCCCAAACCCAAAUCCACUUCCUACUUUCUUCUCUGGUUUAGAAGAUUGCAAAUUCUUAUUUUGGAUCUUACAGGGUGAUGUAACUUCAGAGUUUGGAAAAUUUUGUUUUUUGUUGGGAGCUGAAUUAAGUAAAGGUAGGAAUCUGUUUGUGAAAACUGGGAUCGAAAAAUGGUUUUCUGGGAAGAUUAUGUGAGUGACGAGUCGAUGGGGACAUUUGCUCCGAUUGUGGUUUAUUGGUUAUAUGCGGGGUUUUAUCAGUUGAUGCCACCUUUGGAUAAUUAUCGGUUGCAUACAAGAAAAGAGGAGGAACAACAGAGCAAAUCAGUGCCUCUCUCUUCGGUGGUGAAAGGUGUUUUGCUUCAACAGCUCGUUCAGGCAACCGUUGCUCAGGGACUCUUCUUGGUCACGUCCAAGGCAAAUUCAUCGGGAGUAACCAUUCAACCAUCCAUUGCUGUUCAGAUUGUGCAGAUUGUUGUUGCAAUGUUUGUCAUGGACACAUGGCAGUAUUUUGUGCACCGAUAUAUGCAUCAGAACAAGUUUUUGUACCGCCAUGUCCACUCACAACACCACAGGCUAAUUGUCCCUUAUGCUAUUGGAGCUCUUUACAAUCACCCCCUUGAGGGUCUCUUACUUGACACUUUUGGAGGGGCCCUCUCAUUUCUAGUCUCAGGGAUGACUGCAAGGACAGCAGUCAUUUUUUUCAGUUUUGCAGUGGUCAAAACCGUUGAUGAUCACUGUGGACUCUGGUUGCCAGGAAAUGUAUUUCAUCUGUUCUUCCAGAAUAACACUGCUUAUCAUGACAUUCACCAUCAACUCCAAGGCUUAAAGUACAACUAUUCUCAGCCAUUCUUCCCAAUAUGGGAUAAACUUCUGGGCACUUAUAUGCCAUACAAUCUGGUAAGGAGACCUGAAGGGGGUUUUGAAGCAAAGCCAAUCAAAAGAGAGUAGUUGAUUGUUUUUCUUUUUUAACAUUUGUUUGGAUAUCGAUUCGAGUUCUCCCAUCUGAUAGGAAAAGUGAUUUUUCUCUAGUUGCAUCUUCUGGGGAAAUAAAAAUUAUAUUUAUUUUUUUGGUGGAGGCUUUGUUUAGACUCAAGCAGGGAUUGAUUAGAGUUCAUUCCAUUUUUGGUUGCUUGAUAAUGCGUUCUUCUUCAGGGUUAGUUUGGCCAGCCUACUUUCUAUGUGCUUUGUAAUUGUGCUAUUCUUGAUGCACCAAUGUGUAGUAUAUUAAUUUCCAUGUUGAUUUGACAAUUAGAUUACAGGGUCAGGUUGUUGGAGAAUUGAUUGUACUUGUACUUGUAUGUUCUUGGAGAGGCUUCUGUACUUGGUUGAUAAUGAUUCUGCUACUUAAAGUUGCUUAAUGGCCUGUGAUGUGAGGCUAUUAUUAUGAGUGUA